GAGCGCAAGCGAGUGUGUGCUGGACUGGAGCUCUUUAUAGCGGCCAACGCGAUGUACCUCCGCGGCAGCAGCACACAAACCCUCAGCACACACCCGGAGCACUCGAGAAGACGGUUGGUGAAGUAAAACCCAGACUCUUGCGCUAGUCCAGUUUUGGGGCGUGCAAAAGUGAAAACGCACGAGUUUACGGACUCUGCUCGCGCUGGCCAUCGUGGGAGCAUGUUCUGUGGAGUGAAUCCGUGCCGGACUUCUCAACUUUGUAGCCCACUUUCAAGGAUCAUGGCCGCUCCCUCAAAAUACAGCCCUCUUCUGUUCGUGUGCUCUCUCCUUUUCGCCCCUGGAUGCGCUUUUACCCUGGACUGGGACAACACAGCUCCUCUUGUGCCUCAUUUCACUGAGUGUAUUUCGAGAGACAUGACCACGUUCAGCUGUUGGUGGAGCCCCGGCAGUUUCCAGAAUAUCUCGUCUCCUGAAGAUCUGAAGAUUUUCUACAUAAAGAAAAGCCCUGCAAAGACUGAGCGUAACGAGUGCCCACAGUAUAAUUACCUAAACCAGGAGUGUUUCUUUGACGCUGACCACACCACCACCUGGUUCACCUACUGUCUGGAGCUCGAUGUUCACAAUGUGACAUAUGUCAAUGAAUACGACUGCUUCUCUUUGCCCGAUAUCGUGCGCCCGGACCCUCCCGUGGCUCUGAACUGGACCUUGUUGAACCCGAGCCCCUCUGGCCUUAGUUAUGACGUGCUGGUCAGCUGGGACCCUCCGCCCUCCGCAGACGUCAAGACUGGAUGGAUGCGCGUCGAGUACGAGCUGCAGUACAGAGAACUCAACUCCACUAAUUGGAAAAAGUUGGAGAUCCCGUCCGACCCUCAGCAGACGAUCUACGGACUGCACGUUGGACGCGAGUACGAGGUCCACGUUCGCUGUAAGAUGAAGGCUUUCACCAAGUUUGGAGAAUUCAGCAAAUCCAUCUUUAUUCAAGUCAUGGGCAGUGGUGACGACGGAACCAGCUUCCCCGUCAUGCUGGCUCUCAUAUUUGGAAUAUCUGGAUUCAUUAUUAUCCUCAUGUUUAUUGUUGUGUCUCAACAGCAAAGAUUAAUGAUGAUUCUACUGCCUCCAGUCCCAGCUCCCAAAAUAAAGGGAAUAGACUCAGAACUGCUAAAGAAAGGUAAAUUAGAAGAGUUGAAUUUGAUCCUGAGUGGAGGUGGAAUGGGUGGCCUGUCUGCACAUGCACCUGACUUCUACCAGGACGAGCCGUGGGUAGAGUUCAUAGAAGUGGACACUGACGGAGCCGACUGUGCAGAGAAAGAAGACAACCAGGGCUCAGACACCCAACGACUCCUGGCUCUGUCCCAACCUGUCGGAAACCUCAUGCACAUAGGGAGCUCCAACACAACCUGUUUUCCUGACGAUGACUCGGGCCGGGCCAGCUGUUACGAUUCGGACCACCCCGACCAAGACCCUCUCAUCCCCAUGGCAACCCUCUUACCAGGCCAGCCGGAGGACAGGGAGGCUUCUUCUGACAGAGGUCUCACCCACACCACAGCACCCCAAACCUGGGUCAACACAGACUUUUACGCCCAGGUCAGCAACGUGAUGCCCUCUGGGGGGGUGGUCCUGUCUCCUGGCCAGCAGCUCCGAGCACAAGAAAACCAAGAAGAUGCCAAAAAGGGAAGCAAAAGUGAAAAUUGUGAAGAAAACGCAAAAGAUGUACAUUUUCAGCUGGUGGUGGUGGAUCCAGAAAAUACAGAGAUUAAACAAAAUAACACUCCCUCGACCUCGCCAGUCUCCAAUGAGAGCUACCAGACCGUCCCACUGCAAACCGUGGACCCCAAACCCCUGGAGGAGCAGCAGUCGCCUUACAUCCUGCCCCCCGACUCCCCCCAGUCUCCCCCCUUCACCCCUGUGGCAGACUACACAGUGGUACAGGAAGUGGACAGCCAGCACAGUCUGCUGCUAAACCCGCCCCCACAACAACAAGCCCCGCCCCCCUGUCAAUCACAACACCCGCUCAAAUCCCUGCCCGCCAUGCCUGUGGACUACAUCACCCCAGACCUGUUUGGACACCUCUCACAAUGAAAACAGAAAAAAAUAAACAUAUCAAUGCCAAAUAUGUUUUCAAAAAGGGAACUGUGAAAAGACCUUGCUGCGUCUGUUUUAAUGGAGGCAAAGAACGACCGUAUUAAGUUUAAGGUCCACGGGUGCCAAGUAUUAUGGACUCUUAAACCGCUUGGUGUCAGUGUCAAGAUUUCCCUGUCUUAAUCUCAAACAAAGAAGGUAGUUAUAGGUAUAAGACAAGCACAUUCUAGUUAUGGAAUUUUGAAAGGAGAUUUAUUUUUCAUAAGGAAUUAUCUAUAGAGGCCUUGUUUAAAAAAAGACUUCUAAGACACAGCACAUGUACUAAGCAUUCCUAUCUCGCUCGAUUGUAUUGUGUUGUAUUUUUAUAUGAAAAGACAAAACUCAAAAACAGUGAUAACGCUACAUGAAGAUGAUCACGUUUGAAUCUUGGCCCAAGCCCGACCCAAAUCUGUAACACGUUUAGAACCCAUAUUAUGCUAUUUUCUGAUCUUUGUUAGGAUAAUACAUUUUAAGACCAAUAUUGUACACAGAAAUAUAUGAUAAUUUUGAAACUACUUCAUGCCACUAAUGCAGUAACACCAAAACAAGAUUUUCCCAGUCAACCAUUUUAAAUAGACAGUAUCAUUAAACUCAAAUCUUUUUGUAUUACCACAAAAAUACCCAAAAUAUGCCCACUUUUACAAAGAAAUUACACACAUGAUAAAUGUUGAGCCCCAAAAUAUAUUAUUCCAUCAAAUGUUUUGUGAUAGGUUUUAUGACAGCGUUGUUUUAUUUCAUUCAAACAAACCCUGCAUAUUUAGGCUGAAACAGAAAAUACUCUGUUAUGUGGUAAUAUAUGAAGGGCUCCAUUGUGUUUUUAAACUUUAUACACCUUCACUAGAAUUGUUUGGAUUAUAUCAGCUCUACUGAACACCCGUCAUGACAUCACAAGGUAAAGCAGAGCAUUUUGAGCUUUGGCGAUGUGUAACUAACUUGUCGUAAAGCUCAGUUUUGCAUAAUAUAGGACCUUUGAUGUAACUCAGAAUGCAUGCAUAGGCUUGGAUCGGGUUUUGGGGCCUGAUCUAAACUCUUGGGACAAUAUAUUUUUUGAGAUAAAAUAGUUUUAAAAGAAAAAAAAAUACAGUGUCUGAACCACAGAGUGCCUUAAAGUGCAUAUUGAAGGGAUAAAAAACAGAAGAUAAUUUACUUGUGUUUAAUAUAAUACCUGUCUUGUGGUAUUAAAAAUGAACAUAUUGCAUUAUGAAGAAACUGGAAAUGUAAUGUGAAAUUAGUUGCCAUUUAAGCCUGUACAUAAACUCUAACUAACAAAGCAGGUUCUGUUGACCUGUGUUAUUAGCUUAUUAUAAUGGCUUGCUUGUCUCUUAGUUAAAAAUAUUACGGUAGCUUCAUGAACUGCUCUAUAUUGACAAGCCAGCACAGGCUUUUAUUCUGCUCUGCCAAAGUGGUAGUUCGAUGUAAAAAUGCUUGCAGGGAUGGUCACAUUUUGACAUAUUUCACACUAAAACAUCAGUGACAUUUUGAGAAGCUGUGAAGUGUUUUUACCUGUUUUUCUUUUCUUUUUUUUUAAAUUAAAGGUGCACAUCGCGACUUUUCUGGUGGACGCUCUUGUUAUUGCUUUGCCUGGAAUGUUCCAUGGGAGGACUUUAAACAUGUCCAUCUCAUUUAUUCAUUAUGGCUGUUUCUAUUGCUCAAAAAUUCAAUAGUUCCUUCUGUGAAUAGGGGUGACAGAUCUGUAACCUACUUGUGUCCCUCACGAUAGAUUGGUUUAAUCUAUACUGUGGAACAUUCUAGACAAAGCAGUAACAUUUCCGUGGAGACAUCAGUGCACCUUUAAUGUCUUUCAGAAAGUGAAAUAAUAUAUAGCAGAAAGUACUGAACUCUUACUAUGGUAAAUGGUCAAAGUUAUGUGGACCAGAGUAGUGUCACAAUAAAAUUGGAAUCCAGAUGGUAAAUCUAAGAACUGAACUAGAUACUCAUUUGAGCAAGUAUCGAUACUGAAAAGAAUAAUUUAUAGGAAAAAACUGAACCUUUGCUCAAUAGUAUUACAGUGGUCUAGAAUCAGAACAAGUAAGGAGUUUUAAUUAUUAUUGCGGCAUCAAAAUCAGCAUUAAGUUUCAAACCAGUCUUUAUUUGUGGGUUUCAGUAUCCAUAUCCAGUUAUAUGCAACAUUUUGAGGAUUUUUUCCCAUUCAAAAGAUACAGUAUUUUGUUUUAAAUUGUUAAGAUAUGCUGUGACGAUGCUUAUAAUUUCUGAAACCUGAAAAAUCCUCGCCGUAAAGAUGUUUUUCAUAAGCUGUCCUACUGUAAAUACGUCAACAUUUUGCAAUAUCUUUUUGGAUGAUCUCAAUAACAGACUAACAAAUUGAAAUAUAUAUAUAAAAAACAGACUUUAUUCACUGUAAAAACACAGUACAACAGCAGAUGUCGAUUUGCAUUUGAAAACCUCUUUGUUGAUUGCAUUAUUGAGCUGCUCAGCAUUGGUUACAUAACUUGUGUAAAGGAAACUAUAGUACCUACUCUUGGGACAUAUUGUUGUUAUUAUAUUUGUCCGGUUCAUUACGUUGAAGUGCCAGAAGCCAUUGUGAAGCCUUUGCAAUCACAAUCAACAUUUAAUCAUACUCUCAUACUUCACGGAGCAAAUAAAGCAUGUUCUGUAUUUAGAUUACAUCGCCUCAGAUACAAGUAAUGCAUCGCUUUUAUGUGUUCAGUAAUCACAAAAGCUCAAGUAUACGCUGAAAAUGUGAAUAUAUGUUAUGUUUUUACCCCAUGUGGUCGCAAACAUGUCUUAAUAUAUGUUUUUAAAAUGUUUUUUUUUUCUGCUAGUCACAACUUUUUGCUGCUCGGUACAUGUAUUUCUGUAUUCAAGCCUUAUUGAUAAAACUGUUCAGGAAUAGAGGAAAAGCCUGUUAGAAUAAGUUGUGGAAGUCUGCCUAUUGAUUCUGUUGUAACCAUACAGUCUAUGGUUGUAACGUUGUAUUAUUUUUCUUGUUUUGUACAUGAAGGAGAAGCUUGAUUUAAGACAGAUUUUGUUUGCAUCAUAGUUAUUGUGAAUGUUCCUUCAGAUAAGUACAGUGUAAAGUUGUAUGCAGUAGGUGAGAUUUAGUUCCAUCUAGUGGUUGGGUUAUAAACUACUAGUCUUUUUCUAAAAAACUUUAUUUUGAGAUCUUUACGGUCUAUUUUUGAAGAAAUACUUAACACUAAGGAAAUGUGUAGUUUACUAAAUACUUACAAAGUGAAAUGUAUAAUGUACGCUGAAUAGCAUGUGUCAUUUACUCUGUUUGAUAUUGGAAAUUAUUGUGACAUAGGUGUUAGGUGCUGCAAUAACAAUAAUAUUGCAACAUUUUGAUAUACUUUUACAUGCCUUAAUUAGUCAAACUGCUUCAAAACAAAAAAUUUAACAGAGACAAAAAACUGAUAAUUUAGACUUAAUCAGGAAAUAAUAUGAUUUAAAAAAAAAAAAAAAAAACCAUCCUUUUGGACCUUUAUAGUAUGGCGAUAUAUUUAGUUAGAUUGUUGCAGUAUCAAUUAUUAUUACAAUAGUGAUACUUUUGUGGUAGAUUGUCUUGCCCACUUUUGUUCAUACAACAACAAAGAUAAAGCUCUCAACACGCAUUUGGAAAGAGAUUUUAUUGUUUUUGUCCCAGUACUAUUCAGAAGUAUUGUCCAAUUGUGUGUACAGUUGUUUACAGCAUUUCCUACCAGCUCACUACAAGCGCAUUCUUAAUGUAGUGCGGAUAUUAUUUUAGUAUUAAUGUUACAAACGCGGCAAGCACUUUGUAUCCUUAUGGUAUUUAGAUACAUGUAUCAUAAUUAUUCAGAUUAACAAGAGUAUUUUGUUCUAAUCUCUCUGAAUGAUAUUUUAUGUAUUAUUUUCUUAUGCAGAACAAUAAUCAAAUGAGGGUUUUAGCAACACUUAGUUUUGUUACUGCUUUUGUUUUUGGGAGAGUAUUUGACACUACCAGAUCUGUAGUAGAAAGAUGUACUGUAAUGGGGUGUGUAAUAACAUUUGUGGAGAUGUAAGGACAGUGUGUUUUCAUUUCAGUCUUUACACGACAAAGUGAAAUGACUACUGUAAAUCUGAACUUAACAUUUCGAUGUGAUUUUAGCAUUUCAAGUGUUUAGUGUCAAAGUGAUUUUUUAUUUUUUUUUAUUUUUUUUUUUAUCAAAUGUCUGUCAAACCUGGAAGUAAUCUGGAUUAUUGUAGAUUUUGUUGAGUCAAAUGAUGAGACUGAGUGGGGCAAUUCUUUUUUUUUUUUGUUUUUGUUUUUUUGACCACACUGAUUAUAAGGCAAUGGCAUUUCUGUAACUUUUGGACUAUUUCAAUUUAAAAACAAGCGCCCGGAGCUGCUGGUCUGGUCAUUUGGCUGUGGAGGAGAGCUGUGCUGAUUUUGGCUGAUAUCUUUCUGGUAUUAAGUGUGUCAUCAGAGCUUUUCAUUCAGUUACAUAAUAAACAUGUUUUAAAAUGGCA